GAAGGUCCUGUGAGUCCUCAUAAAAAGCCAAGCUGCAGGUGAGUCCAUUCACCUGUUUGAGCUGCGACACGAGAGCAUCAACCUGAUGGAGAGGGAGAUAUUGUACUUUGACUGCGUCACGUGUGUGGGCAGAUUCAGAUGAUUGAUCCAUCCAUCUUCUUACCGCUUCAUCCUCUUGAGGGUCGCGGAGGGCUGGAGCCUAUCUCAGCUGACAUUGGGAUGGGUGUUGACAGACCCAUAGCAGAUGAUUGGAAGAAACCCCCCACUCCUCCCCCCAACUCCUCCAGCCAAUCAGAGAUGGAGGCGGGGUCAAGUUUCAGUCCUCUGGACAGAGCGAGCUUCCUGUCCUACGCCACCAUGUCCUGGAUGGGUCCUCUGAUGUGGUCCAUGUCCAAAAAAAAGCUGGACCUCAACUCCAUCAGUCUGUCCCCUCUGGACGGUGCUGACAUCAACGGAGAUAGGUUGCAGCGUCUGUGGGAACAGGAAGUGUCUGCGGUUGGUCUACAAAAGGCGUCUCUGACACGAGUCCUGUUCCGUUUCCAGAGAAACCGAGUGCUGGCAAUUGUCGGUCUCUCCAUCUUCUUCAUGUUGGCUCUGUUCUGUGGCUCAGGCGUCCUGGUCCAUGAGAUCCUGAAGUACAUCAUCAAACCGGAGGCGUCCACAGUUGGGGAGGGGCUCGGUCUGUGUUUCUGUCUCCUCCUGGUGGACUUCUCCAGGAGCGGGUGUCUCGCUCUGGUCUGGGCUCUGAACCUGAGGACAGGAAUCAGACUGAAGACAGGGUUCUGUAUGCUGGGCUUCCACAAGAUCGUCACUCUGAGGACACACUGUGGACUGUCUGUGGGACAGAUGGUGAAUGUUUUGACCAGCGACAGUUACCGGCUGUACGAAGCCGUCCUGUUUGGUCCUUUCCUGCUGCCCUUCCCCAUCCUCCUCAUCGUCAGCGCCAUCUACACCUGCACCAUCCUCGACCACACCGUCCUCAUCGGCUUCGUCAUCUUACUCCUCUUCUUCCUCCUCCAGUUAGUGUCUGCGAGGCUCAUCAAUCACUUCCAGAAGAAGGCGGUUGAGAUCACUGACUGUCGAAUCCGAAUCAUCAACGAGAUCCUCACCUACAUCAAACUCAUCAAGAUGUACGUCUGGGAGAAGUCCUUCUACGGCAAGGCCACAGACAUCAGGAAAACAGAGCAGAGGAUGUUGGCGAAAGCUUCAGUCAUCCAAAACUUCAGUGUGACCAUCAGCCCCCUCGUCCCCAUCUUCGCCAUCAUGGUCACCUUCAUCGUCCACACGCUGCUGGGUCUUCCUCUCAAUACCAGCUCCGCCUUUCCUGUCGUCACCAUCUUCAACAGUAUGAGGUUUAUUCUGUCCUUGUUGCCCACGACCUUCAACAUCCUGGCUGAAGCUACUGUGUCUGUGGAUCGACUCAAGAGGUUACUGCUGACAGAGAAUCCAGACUCGUACGUUGUCCGGAACAUAUACGACAAGUCAGCCGUGGUUGUCACGGAGAAGGCCACGCUGUCCUGGACCAAACCAAUCCACCCCCCCGACACAGAGGACAGGGACGACCUGGUGUCAAAAAACCGACCCUGUGACGUGAUGGCGACUCUGAGGAACAUCUCCUUCACCCUGAACAAGGGCCAGUUGAUGGGUGUGUGUGGAAACGUUGGCAGUGGGAAGACGUCACUGAUCUGCAGUCUGUUAGAACAGCUCCACCUGCAGCAGGGCUCAGUGGCGGUGGACGGAUCGAUUGCCUAUGUGUCCCAGCAGGCGUGGAUCUUCUAUGGGACGGUGCAGGACAACAUCCUGAUGGGGGAACCUAUGGACCGAUCCAGGUACAACAGAGUCCUGCACAGCUGCAGCCUGAAGGCCGACCUGGACAUCCUGCCUCAUGGUGACCAGACAGUGCUGGGGGAGCAGGGCGUGAACCUGUCGGGGGGGCAGAAACAGAGGAUCAGUCUGGCCAGAGCCAUUUACUCCAACAAAGACCUGUACCUGCUGGACGACCCACUGUCCGCCGUCGACGCCCACGUCGGAAAACACAUCUUCGAAGAGUGUAUCAAGACGGACCUGCUGGGAAAGUCCGUCAUACUGGUCACGCACCAGUUACAGUACAUGGAGUACUGUGACAAGGUCCUGGUCCUGAAGGAUGGGGUGGUCCUUGAAGCAGGAAGUCACUUGGAGCUGAUGAGGGCGGGGCAGCACUACGCUGAGCUCAUCACCACACACCUGACGGAGCAGCGGGUCACACCUCAUAAAGAAGAGAAGAAGAAGAAGGAGGAGGAGAUUAAAUGUCACAUGGACGGAGGGAUCAUCAACCCAGCCUUUGAUGCGUCGGACGAGAACCUGGAUGCUCCGUCAGCUGACAGCAAACCUGCCGAUCAGCUGAUCAAUCAGGAGAACAGCAGAGACGGACUGAUCUCCUGGAGAACGUUUCAUCAGUACUGUAAGGCUGCUGGAGGAUACUGUGUGUGCCUCCUCAUCCUCCUCCUCUUCAUCGUGCUGAUGACAAAUGCAGCUCUGAGUUACUGGUGGCUCAGUUACUGGUUACAUCAGGGACACGGGGGCUCCAAUGUGACGUCAUCACAGCAAGGAGAUGUGACUCUGAACCCAGAGCUCCACUACUACCAGGAGAUGUUUGGCGGGAUGAUCCUCAUCCUGCUUGCCAUCUGCGUCAUCAAAUGCGUCGCCUACGACAAAGUAUCGUUCCAUGCCUCCACCACGCUGCAUAACAACCUGCUGGAGAAGGUCAUGGCCAAUGCAAUGAGCUUCUUUGACACAACUCCGUCAGGUCGCAUCCUGAACUGUUUCUCCAGGUACCAGGUGGAGGUGGACACGUUGGUGCCUCAUAACCUCAACAUCCUGCUCAUGUUCUCUCUGAUGGGGCUCUGCAUCUGCAUCAUCAAUGCACUUAUCUUCCCCGUCAUGCUGCUGCCUGUGUUGAUCGCCAUCCUGUUCUUCAUUUUCAUCCUCAAGAUGUUCCUGAGAAACGUCUGUGUUUUAAAGAAGAUGGAGAACAUGAGUCGUUCUCCGUGCAUCUCUCUGUGCACCUCCGUGGUUAAAGGCCUCAGCACCAUUCACGCCUACAACAAGACGCACGACUACAUCCAGCUGUUUAAAAAACUGUCGGACAUCAACGCGAAUCACUUCUUACUGUUUAACUACUCGAUGCGUUGGCUGUGUUACCUGGUGGACUCUCUGUGUGUCGUCAUGACGCUCAUCGUCUCUCUGCUCGUCGUCCUGACCUCCAACAACUUCUGCAGCGCCCCCAUGAAAGCCCUCGCUCUGUGCUACAUCAUACAGCUGACGGUGAACUCUCAGUACUUGAUCCAGGCCAUGAUCGAGGUUCAGGCCAGAUUCAUCUCAGUGGAGCGACUGCUGGAGUACAUCACGGGCUCUGAAUCUGAGGAGUUGCAGCAGCUGCAGGUGGAUCAGGUGUCGGAGGACUGGCCUCAACACGGAGCCAUCACCUUUGUGGACUAUAAGAUGAGGUACAGACCAAACUCACCGGUUGUCCUCAACGGGCUGCAGCUCCACAUCAGAGCUGGGGAGAAGAUCGGCAUCGUGGGAAGAACCGGCUCAGGGAAGUCGUCUCUGGCGGUGGCUCUGUUCCGGCUGGUAGAACCAGCUGCAGGAAGCAUCUUGAUAGACGGUGUGGACAUCACGUCCAUCAGUCUUUCUGCUCUGCGCACCAAACUGUCCAUCAUCCCCCAGGACCCUGUGCUGUUCACUGGGACUGUCAGAUACAACCUGGAUCCUUUCAACAGAUACACUGAUGAAGAGAUCUGGACAGCGUUGGACAAGACCUUCAUGAAGGACACAAUCUCCAGUCUGGACAGGAAGCUGCAGGCCGAGCUGACGGACAACGGAGGGAAGUUCUCUGUAGGACAGAGACAGCUGCUGUGUCUGAGCAGAGCACUGCUACGGAACUCCAAGAUUGUCCUGUUGGACGAGGCCACAGCGUCCAUCGAUGCAGAGACAGAUGCUCUGCUGCAGAUCACCAUCAGGGAGGGAUUUAAGUCCUGCACCGUCCUCACCAUCGCUCACCGCAUCAACACUGUGAUGCAGGCCGACCGCAUCCUCGUCCUCAACCAGGGAGAGGCUGUAGAGUUCGAUCAGCCAGACGUGUUGAAACACAGACCACACUCACUGUUCUCGUCCCUGCUGGCUGCCUCCAACACUGUGGUGUCAUGACGUCCUCAAACACAGCGCAGUGACCUCAGAGUACUCUGACCAAUAAGAGCAGUCUGAUGAGUGACUGUAGUUCAGUUUGUUUCAACAUGAAUAUUUUUUAUUGUUUUAUUGUUACGUUGGUGAUAUAAUAACUGAGUGUGUCUGAUGUGAUGAAGAGUUUUUAUCUGUUUCUGUAUUAAACUGAUUUAUUUUUAA